AUGAAACUUAGACUAGGGUCCUUGAAUGCAGACCUAGCUCUUUGCUUUCCAAUAUCUGAGACAACUGUAAGCAAGGUAAUAAACAUGUGGGUUUGAUUCUUAGCAAAGGAGCUGAAGUGCUUAAUCUACAAUCCAUCGAAAGAUGUUGCUUUGCAGCGCUUGCUAAAAAGUUCAACAAUGCAAAGUACAGGAGUGUUAGGCACAUCAUAGAUUGUACAGAAAUGUUUAUUGAAACUCCAAAGGAACCCAAGGUGAAAGCUGCAACAUGGUCAGACUACGAACAUCAUCAUACACUGAAAGUGCUGGUCUCCAUAAUGCCAUGUGGCUCAUUUAAUUUCAUUUCAGAGGCUUGGGUUGGUAGAGCAUCAGAUGUUGCUGUUACUCGAAACUCGGGUUUCUAUGACAUUCUUGAAUAUGGGGAUGAAGUCAUGGCAGACAAAGGGUUCACCAUUGCAGAGGAUCUUUUAGUAAGGCAUUGCCGAUUACUCAUCCCUCCAGGAAAAAGGGGCAGUGAACAAAUGAGAAAGGAAGAUGUUACAAAAACAAAAGAGGUUGCUAAUUUAAGAAUUUUCGUUGAGCAGGCAAUUCGCCGACUUAAAACAUUCAAAAUAUUGAAGCAUGAAAUGCCCAUCUUACUCUUGGAUAAAUUUGAUGAUAUUGUCACUAUCUGUGCAGCACUGUGUAACUUGUACCCAAAGCUUUGC